GAGGGUCCCCGGCUUUGUGCGUGUCGGGGGCGGAGUUUGAAGAAGGCCUUUGCAGCAUGGCCGCCGGCACUGCAGCUGCCUUAGCGUUUUUGAGUCAGGAAAGCCGAACGCGGGCCGGGGGUGUAGGGGGCCUACGGGUCCCGGCCCCGGUCACUAUGGACAGUUUUUUCUUCGGCUGUGAGCUCUCCGGCCACACCCGUUCCUUCACCUUUAAGGUAGAGGAAGAGGAUGAUGCGGAGCACGUGCUGGCACUAACCAUGCUCUGCCUCACCGAGGGAGCCAAAGACGAGUGUAAUGUGGUAGAAGUUGUGGCCCGGAACCAUGACCAUCAGGAGAUCGCAGUCCCUGUGGCCAACCUCAAGCUGUCCUGCCAACCCAUGCUCAGUCUGGAUGACUUCCAGCUCCAACCACCUGUAACCUUCCGCCUGAAGUCGGGCUCUGGCCCUGUGCGGAUCACUGGGCGGCACCAGAUUGUUACGAUGAGCAAUGAUGUUUCUGAGGAGGAGAGCGAGGAAGAGGAAGAGGACAGUGAUGAGGAAGAAGCUGAGCUGUGCCCCAUCCUUCCUGCCAAAAAGCAGGGGGGCAGGCCCUAGCCCUCCUUGGUCAGCUCCAUGCGCCAUGCACCGCCAUGCACCCUGUUCCCCUACAAGUUUCAACAAUUGUAAAUGUUUCUUCCUUGAAGAGGAGAGCUUGGGUGGGGGUUGGGUGGGAGGGACUUGGGUCUUUGGUGCUAGGAGAGGGCCUGUGCUCCACACAGCCCUGGUUUUCUGAUCUUGCACCAUGCCGGGGGCCUCUCUUCCCACCUGCCUGUGAGGAUUGGAGGUUAGUGCCUGAAGCUCAGAACUACACAUUUUUAAUAGUUUUUACAUUUUUGGAUAAAGGUUGAAAUAAAGUGGUGUGGAGUUUUUGCA